GAUUGUAGAUAUCCAUAAUCAAAACGAUUUCUACUGCAAACUUCAAAAAACGGUGGAAAAUUCAUAUCCAUUCUUCCAACUUUCUUUUUUAGCAAGCACAUUAUGUCGACGAUUGUAGAGAUGCGAGUACACAUGGACUGCAAUGGAUGUCAAGAAAAAGUAAAAAAUGCACUUCAAAAACUGAAAGGUGUGGAUGGCAUUGACAUAGACAUGAACUUGCAAAAGGUGAUCGUCACUGGGUGGGCCGAACAAAAGAAGGUUCUGAAGACGGUACGAAAAACUGGACGGAGGGCCGAACUCUGGCAAUUACCACAUAAUCCUGCUGAGUUCGAGAACUACUAUCAACAACACCAUUGUAAUGGUCCGAUCAUGAACCAGCACGCACCCCAACCUUCUUCAUCUUACAACUAUUAUAAACAUGGUUAUGAUAUCCUUGAUCGUUCUUAUUAUCAUAAUCCAGCUGGAAAUUCCAACAUCUUUGGGUAUCAAACGGGUGCAGCAUUUAGUGAUGAAAACCCUAAUGCUUGUUCUGUAAUGUGAUGCUAAAUAUAUCUAUAUAUAUAUAUAUAUAUAUAUACAUAUAUAUCAUAUAUAUAGCUCUUAUAACAUAAGGUUCUCAAUUUGAUAAUUGUAA